AUGGCCGGCGUGUACAUCCGGAGACACGGAAGUGUCUUCGCUGACUCGUCGUCACCACGGUCGGCGGUUCAAUCGCGUAAUCUACAGACUCCAGCGGCGGCGGCUUUGAGAUGGCGUUCAGACUCGUACCAAGUGAACGGUCCCUGCAACAGCCUCGACCAACUCGGAAACAUUCCACGGCCGGCUGAGCCCGGGGUGGUCGUCGAGCUGACUAAGCUCCCGCACAGCUUGCGGUGCACAUGA